AUGGCCAAAGUUGUUACUAUUAUUUUCUUCUGCGGAGUGGUUCUCGUUGCGGCCGCAGAUCCUAAGGAUAUAGGUCUUUUAAAGCAGUUCCAGCGAUUAAAGCAGCUUCGUCCACUGGGCAUAGAGUUUGCAGAACACUAUCAAAAUGUUUCUGGCAAAGAUUUGGACUUCAACUUUGAUACAGCAUUGCCAAGAGAAGGGGAAUCAAUGUGCCUGGCUGACAUGUUACUACUGAUGCAGAGUUUGUCAGCUGGAAAUUAUUGGGCAAUGAAAAUGAUCGAUUCAUGGGGUUCCAUUCCUUCGGGACUCCUGUAUGGCAACUUUUAUGAUUUGGGCAACUAUGAUGAGUGUCUCAAUAUCAAUAAGCAGAUCUCAAGCAGUCAUUCUAUUCAAGGAAAGUACUGCUUUCUCUCGGCUUCGUUAGGCGGAGUACUUGGAAUUCCUGCUUUGGAUGUAAAGCCAGUCAAUAUAGCAACUUGCUUUCCUGCCUCGUGUUCUGCUGCCCAAAUGGAAGGAUUAGUGGGGAAACUUUUUCAGCAAUUUUUUGGCUUAAAUUCAAGCUUAAGUAUAAAUGAAGCCACUUGCCAGACAAUAGAUGGCAAGCCCUGGGAUGGCUUGACAAUAUUUACUGUAGUAACCAUAUCCUUGAUGUUUUCUGUCGUGACUUUCUUCACUCUAUACGACUAUUUUCUGUGUAAAAAUCAAGAUGAACUUUCACCUCUAGUUAAGGCCUUCUCAGCUAGAUCUAACUCCCGAGUUUUGUUUCGCAUUGCUGAGAGUAAAUCUAACCCAAAUGUUAUAGAAUGUCUGCAUGGCAUCCGUUGCAUGUCCAUUAUUUGGGUGGUUUACUCCCAUGUUAACUUGUAUUUUAGCACCAUGCCAAAUAUCAAUCUGGCACAUGUGUAUACGUGGGUAGAGAAACCUUUCAGCAAUAUUAUCCUACAUGGUGUAUUCUCUGUGGAUUCAUUUUUCUUUUUGGGUGGCUUAUUGGUGGCCAUGAUUGCUCUGCGGUCAAUGGAUAAAACCAAGGGCAAACUUAAUGCACCAUUGAUGUAUCUUCAUCGUUUGGUACGAAUUCUACCCGUUUUGGGCAUGGCCAUCUUGAUCUACAUGAAGCUAAUGCCCCUGGUCUCAGGUGGCCCUCUUUUUUACAGUGGCUACAGUGAAACCAAGUCUUGUGAGAAGGGCUGGUUUUGGACCUUGCUAUUUAUUCAGAACUAUGCCACAACGGAUAUAUGCCUUAGUCAUUCCUGGUACUUGGCAGUGGACAUGCAGCUGUAUAUAAUCUCACCAAUUCUGCUAGUCGCUCUCUACAAAUGGGGAAAAAAGGCAGCGGCAGUUAUAGUUUUGCUUAUUGUCCUGCUAUCUGGUUGUCUGUUUGCCACAAUGAUGAUUAACCAUUACACUUUUCUGAUCAAGAAAAAAAGUGGCAACGAUAUGGCUAACCAUAGGCUUUAUCAGUCCACCCAUAGACAUGCUGCUCCCUGGCUGAUUGGCUUCCUGUUUGGCUACUUUUUGCAUCUUAAUCGGGGCAAAAAGUUCCAGCUGAACAGAUUGACAGUGUGGUCUGGAUGGAGUAUGUGCCUAGCCCUGUUCGGAACAUCUCUUUUCGCUCUUUAUCCGGCAUCCAAGUGGGGUGCUCCAGCGUUGUCCACUUUGGAGGAGUCCCUAUACUACACCCUCACUCGAUUGGCUUGGCCAAUUGCUUUAUGUUGGAUAGUAUUUGCCUGUAUGCAGGGUUAUGGUGGUCUGGCUAAUAGUUUCCUGUCAUCUCCACUGUGGCAGCCACUUUCCAGGCUCUCUUACUCCGUUUACAUCUGGCACAUGUUCAUCGUGGAGGUGAAUUGCAAAAACGUUAGAACGAGUACUUAUUUCUCGGACUACACAGCAAUGCUGAAGUUUUGGUCUGAUUUUGGCUUCACUGUUAUAAUGUCUUAUGUGUUUUACCUUAUCAUAGAAGGACCGUUGGCAGGAUUUGACAGUCUUCUGAAAACAAAAAACAAACCUAGCGUAGAUAACGUUAGAGCUUCUUCCAGUACAAAGAAGACAACUGAAUAA